GCCGCCUUCCCGCCGUGAUGCUGCUCUUCUUCCUCCGCGCGCAUGCGGGCUUCGGGAGGAGGAGGCGGCGGCGGUGCGAUGGCGCUGCCCAGCGCGGGUCUUCCGCGCUACCUGCUGCUGCUGGCGCAAGAGAACCUGGAAUUCCGGCUGCCGGUGAGUCCUGAGCGCGCGCGCCGCAGCGAGCGACGCCCGGAAAGCAGAGCGCGCGCGCGGAGCCGCUGUUGUUUCUCCCCCACCCCAAGCACAGGACAAGCGAAGGAAGGAAGGAAGGAGCCUUUGCUUUCCGGGCUGCUGACAAAAUGCAUUGUUUACGAACGAGCCCCGGCUUUUCAAAGGCCCUCCUUCCGUGUACAAAUCACACCCGAGGGGGCUGAUGCAAACCCCCGUUUCUUUGACAUGGCGGAAGAGCCCGUUAGUUUCAUUGUGGUAGCGGUGUGCUAAUGAAAUGUUGAUUCAUACAUUGGAUUUCUAUGUACAGUAUAGAAACACAGAUACGUCUGUUAUAGCAGCGCCGGAUUUACGCACUGUAUAAGCUGAACAAGCUGUAGCUUAGGGCCCCACUCUCUUGGGGGCCCCCAAAAAAAUUAAAGGGAAAAAAACUGGAUGUACAUUUCCAAAAUAUAAAAUAAAACAAAACCUACAUAUAGCAGCAGUGUUUUGUGUUGUGUAGGUUCCUAUGAUGUAAGUAAUGGGCAGUGCCGGAUUUACGUAUAAGCUAAACAAGCUAUAGCUUAGGGCCUCACUCUCUUGGGGGCUCCCAAAAAAAUUAAAGAGAAAAAAAACUGGAUGUACCUUGAUAAAAUACAUAUUUUGUUAUGUGCAAAUGGCUUUAGAUACCUAUUAGGUCCAUAAAUUACCAUAUAAAGGUAAAGGGACCCCUGACCAUUAGGUCCAGUCGUGACUGACUCUGGGGUUGUGGCGCUAAUCUUGCUUUAUUGGCCGAGGGAGCUGGCGUACAGCUUCCAGGUCAUGUGGCCAGCAUGACUAAGCCGCUUCUGGCGAACCAGAGCAGCGCACGGAAACGCCAUUUAGCUUCCCGCAGGAGUGGUAUCUAUUUAUCUACUUGCACUUUGACGUGCUUUCAAACUGCUAGGUUGGCAGGAGCAGGGACCGAGCAACGGGAGCUCACCCCAUCGCGGGGAUUCAAACCGCUGUUCUACACAAAAAACAGCGACAAUUUGUUGUUGACAAAGGACAGCUGGACAUAUAAAAGGCCCCAUUACCUUCAGUAGCUUAGGGCCUCAUCAAACCUAAAUCUGGCCCUGUGCCACAGUAACAACCAAAAGCAACUCCCCCACCACACAUACUGUAUUGGCCUGAAUAUAAGCCUCACUCCCCCCCCAAUUCCAACCGUGAAAAGUUUAAGUGCGGCUUACAUUCACGACCUUACAGUAUGCAGCGAGGAGCGUGGGGCAAACAGUGCCAGGAGCGUGGCAAAGCAGUGCCCUCCCCAUGCGUAGUCCCCUGUUCUCUCACCCAAGGCCGGGAAGGGAGACAGCGAGGAAGGGGAAACGCAACACGGAUCUCUCUCUCCCACCCCACCCCAGUAUGCAGCCAGGAACAGCGAGGAAGGGAGCGGCUUAUAUUCGGGUAUUUCCCCCUUUUUUCUCCCCUCCUUCCAGUUUUAAAGGUGCAGCUUAUAUUCGGGCCAAUACGAUAGAUUGCGGGGGGGGGGGGCGUAAAUUGUUUAAUUAGCCAAAGGCCUGGGGAGAGCAUUCCACAAAUGGGGAGCCACCACAGAAAAGGCCCAUUCUCAUGUUGCCACCCUCUGGAUCUUUCAUGGAGGGGGCACACACGAAGAAGGGGUGGGGACUGCAGGAUCUUGGUCAGUUAAGAUGAGGAGAGGCGGUACUUGAGGUAUGUGCGCCCGUUGGUUCACAAUCUGCAGACCUGAUAGCCCAUUUGAGCUUGGGGGAAAAAGGAAGAACUCAUGCCUGAUAGCUUAGAAAGGGAGAAGGUAUCUCCCACUCUGACGUCUGCACAUUGAAACAUGAUAUGACAGGAUUUGGAACUGCAUCCUCUUGACAAGAUGUGCUGCAGUGAAUAAAUUCAACGAAGAAAGCUCCCUAGAUGCCUGUAAGGAAGAGCACAGAGGAAUGUUUUCUAGUGGUCUUCACUGGACUAAAAAGAUCAACUUCUCCAGCUUUACCUUUCACUGUUUUGUGUAAAGAUAGCCUCAUCAAUAGGGUGUCUCUGCUUUUUUCAUAGGUUUGAUUUUUAGGAGGUACCUUUAAUGUACAUACGGAAAAUGUGAGCCUUUUAUUCCUGCCAAAGCUGAGCAUCUUUCUUACUGCAAUCCUAUUUGCAUUCACCUAGGAAAAAACCUGUUGAACAGAAUGAGUUUACUUCCAAGUAACAAUUGCAUAGGAUUGCCCAUCUCAUUGAAAUUGCAUGCUCUUACUUUGUCUAGAUCGUGUGCUGAGUGUUUAUAUAGACCAAGUGUAUAUGGACACUGAUUUUUGGAUGCUUUCUGUUGUAUGCAGUUCCCUGGGAUUCUCAGAGCUGUAGUCUUAUACCUGCAAACCUUGGAGUAAGUGCCACUAAGUCCCACUGAAUUUACAUAGGUGGGCUACUAGGGAGAGAGCGCUCCCAAUGGUCAUAGCCUAUGUGGAAUGCUCUCCUCAGAAAGGGUUGCCCGAUGACCUUCCUAUGUUCUUUAAAAAUAUUUGUUUUGUAAUCUUUUCUCCUAGGAAAUAAAGUCUCUGGUUUCCCUCUGUGGUGGACGAUUCAGCGAUCAACAGGAAUUGAGAUUAAAUGUAAGUAUUAGAUUGUGAAUAAGUCUGUGAAUCUUCAGCUCCUGUGUGGUUUAUUAUUUCCCCAAAAUUAGGAAGAAAAGGGGGAAUGAGGUGGAUGGGGCCAUGGUGAGUGGGGGUGGGGCUAGGUGGCAAUUCUACUAUUCUACUUAAUGUGUUUGGGGGGGGGGUUGUGUCAGCAUCGCUUGUUCAGGUUCUCUUUACUAUCCGCUUGUGUUCCUUUGGUGGUGAGAGAGGUUGGGGUUGGCCUAGGGUGUGAUUGUUUGUGAUUGGCUGUCAGACACUGGAGAGAUCUGUCAGGAAUAAGGAUGGAUCAGUGGACAGUGGACAGUUAUGAUCUUUGCUUAGUGGGUUGUAUUCAGUUAUUAAAAUUCAUAGUGCCAUCUGCUGGAAAACUCGCUUCCUGACCAACAAUGAAAUCAAACAAAGCACAUGCAGCAACCAAGUUCAUGCAACCCACAGAAUGAGCUUGAGUAUCAUUCCACUGAGUGUAGUUCUGUGCCCUAGCUGUAGUUUUUGCUAGGGGUGGCUCUUGUUAGAAUUAUCACUGCUGCCUGUUCAUUCCCACUGUGCUCCCUAGGAUGCAAGGAUUAUGCCUCUCUAUGCAUGGACCUCUGCAAAAUUCUUAUUCCCUUUAUGGUUAUAUAAGAGCCAAUGAAGGAAUUAAUGUGCUAUUUUAUCUCUUUUAGCACUUGGCAAUCUGUGUAAAUAAUAGGCCACUAUAGAUUUACUAUUUAUUUUGCAGCCAAGCAAGAAUGGGUUUGCAAAGCCAAACAGUAAAUCUACAGUGGCCCAUCAUUUACACCGAUUUUUGUUUCAAAGUGCUCGUGGCCUCUUUUAGUGGGGUUUUUAUUUGUAAAGAUACGUUUUUAGGUUUUUAUUGGUUGCGUUUGUUGCAAUUGGUUUUACUGUUUAUAUUGUGUUGCUUUGGGUCACUUGCAUGAGGAAGGCAACUAACAAAUAUGAAUAAUAAUUUUCAGAUGUGGAUCAAAGGGCUUGUACACACACCGUGAGUCUGCUGAAGGAUCUAGUACCUUGCACAAUAUUUUGUUACCUUGCUAUUGUUGUGCUGAGUAGAUGAUUCAUUUUUCAGUGGCUGCGUUUCUACAUAACACUUAGCCAAAGCAUGGUUUAGUGUGAACUUGCAGGCUCCAUAUCCUGAACUUGCACUUUGCUCCUCCCUGGUAUUUUUAGCUCUGUGUUGCAUAGGAGCCAAACUAAAGUUUGACGUAGUGUGUUAUCUAGACAUGGGAUCACUCUCCCCUCCUUAACCACGAUCUACAUAUAGUCAAGGUUUAUUAGAGGAAACCAAAUUUCCUAAACUCAACUUUUGCUGCAUGCUGCCAGCAUACCUUGCAAUGGUGUCAGAACAGAAUCAUCUCGUGAAGGAUGCAUUGAUAUACAUUAAAGGACCUUCUAUAUAGAGGUUGACUUGAAUUCUAUUCUAGGGUCCUGCUGUCUUUUUGUAACAUUGAUUCAGGCCUGAAGUGACAGAGUAGGUAAACAACCAGAAGGAGCACAACCACAAACAAGGUGUAGGUGGUGAUAGAGCCGUCUGUGUAAGAAGCCGGACAUAAAAUAUAGAGACUUAUAGCGUGUUCACGCAAUACGGAACACCUCUUCACAAACUGAAAUGAAAGCCAAGUAUUCAAAGCUGUUAGUCUUAGCUCACCCCCCCCCCGCCCCGUCAAACACCACUUCCUGCUUGGGCUGAGAUAGAAAGAUUAUUGCACAUUGUUACCUUUCUGCAGGAGAAAGUGGUAGAAGUGAUCGUUGGUUUCUGUUUCCCUCACUGAGCAGCUGCUGGUAGUCACAGAACUAUGUUUUCAUUCCACAGUCCAGAUACUGUUGGAUUCCCACGGGAAAGGGAGACGGGAUGUGACGUUUACUGGUUUCCUGUUUCCUUUGUACUGUCGUUUCUUUGUUGCAGUUGCUCUCUGCUUCUCACAGAGACAAGAUGUAUAUUUGUAUGCUCUCAGCAUAGCUUAGUAAUAAAAGCGUAGCAAUGUAGCCAAACCUGCCUCAUCCUUUCGUUGCGGACUCUGAGUGUUUUAUACUCUGCUGGGCUCAAGCGAAGAUGAGCCGUAUCAGCUCGGAGGACCGGAGCUGAAUUUAUCUAACAGUGAUGGCAACAAUAAGGAAGGCAGAAGCUGAAGAGAGGUUCAAGGAACAUUGGAUUAGUUGGCAUGCUUGUCUCUCAAUUCUGUGACAACUGAAGAAUACACGUUUUUAGCUUUCCUCUUGUAGUUCCAUUUGUCUUCUCCCUAUGUCAGUGGAUUUUGCUGGACAGCAGUUUGCAUCCCCCCUGACCAUUGGGCAAGCUGGCUGGUCUGGUGGGAGUUGGGAGUCCGACGACGUCUGGAGGGCCACAGGUUGCACAUCCUUGCCCUACUGCGGCACAAGCAGUCCCGUUGUCAUUCUUCACAGGGCCUUUUCCUUAGCAUUAUUGAUCUUUUCUCUUUCUUUCUUUGCAGUCUCCAUUUUGGAUUCUUAGCAUGCCUUCAGAAGAGAUGGCAAGAGGACUGAUGAAGCGAACAGUGUGUGCAAAGUAAGGGCUAUGCUUUUGGAAAAAAGAAACGGCCUGCGUAUUAAGUUUCCAUCUAAGUUUUGCCAUCUCAUUAUUAUUUGGGAUGUAGCUCUGCUUCUGUGCUGAAGCAGAAAUUGUUUCUGGAGCUUUAACUCUUGAAAAGCCCAUUUGCUGUACAAGUUAAUAAACCAAAUAUAAGGACUACGUGGGUGGUGGUUUUUUUUUUGGUGUGUGGCAACAUUUUGUUCAGUUUUGUUACCUGAAAAUAUUUCAAAGUUACUCAUGCAUAUGGCCCAUUGAUUGUUUUCAGUAGAACUUGAAAGUAAAUCAUGAAAAGUAAAAUUGUGGAGUUCAUGAGCAUGUUGAAUCAGAAGAUGAACUAGUGAACUAGGAAAAGCAUUUAUGAAUCUUUCUUCCCCUUUGCUGAAUGUAACCUGUUACAAUACUUUCAGAUCUAUAUUUGAACUGUGGGGACAUGGGAAAUCUGCAGAAGAACUGUACUCUUCACUGAAGAACUAUCCAGCAGAGAAAAUGGUUUGUAUAAGAGAAGCUGGUUUGGAUUUUGUUCUGUCUUUUUGGAGCCUGUUUGUUACACAGUUGUACGCAAUGGUGUAUUGCUGCAUGUUCUAAUAAAAUCUUGUUUUGCUUUGUUUUAGGCCCCAUUUUUACAGUCCAAUCUAAGUUACAAAAUAAAGGUUCACACUUUUAACAAAACACUAACACAAGAAGAGAAGAUUCAGAAGAUAGAUGUAAGUAGACUGUAAUUUCUUGAAAUCAUUUCUUAUAUUUGUGCUCUUCCUUAAUAAUGAGUGAUAGUGUUUUUGAUUUUCACACCUUCUUUGGUAACUUGUUGGAAAGGCACCAUAUACAUAUUUAAAACUAUAAUCUGAAUACUUUUAAUAAUUAUUUGGAUUUAGUAAGCCAGGACUCAUUGUAUGUUUCAGUAAUAGUACUUAUAUUUAUGUGUUUCUCCCCUCCCUCUCCCCCUCCUUAAUACAGUCUUUAGAAUUUUUACCAUUUGAAGGAAAAGUAAAUUUAAAGAAACCAGAUCAUAUAUUUUGGCUUCUGGAAGAUUAUGGAAUGGAUCCAAACAAUAUCCCAGAACAGCCCCUUGAUUUAUAUUUUGGGAGAUGGGUGAGUACAGUCAUUUUAUUAAUAAUUAAAGAAUUGUUACAGCAUGAAAAAGAAAUGAUAGCUGAAAAUAAGUUGAUAGUGGGGUAUGAUUUCUUCAUAUUUUGAUCACGGAUCUUUUUAAUACCAUAAGCAGGUGGUAGGCAAAGUCAGACUGGGACUUACUCAAAGAUCUGAAUGAUUUGAAGUAGCUCAGCAAGGAUUUCUAACUCCCAGUUGUUUGAACCAUGGCAGCAACAAAAUGAGUCUUUCCCUUCCCCGCAACCCCCACUCCAAAUUAUAUUACCAAAAUAAAACUGAUGGAGGACAGGCUUAACUAGGAGUGUAUUUUUGUGUGGAAGGACUGCAAGCUCAGUUCAGAUAACACAAAACAAAUUCCUAGGCUUUCAUAAUUGUUUUGUACCCAGUUCCUGUCGGUGGAUCUUAGGGUUCGGGGGAGGGGGGCCGAAUCCAAAGAGAUCCUGCCUGAAAUCUUGCCAUCCCAAUUAUCAGCAUCUUUGAUGACAUAUUAAUAUUUCUGACACACAUUUUUCAUUUACGGCACAAAAUAGCAGUGAUGGGCAUAUUUCCAACCUUAAUCGGCUGUCGAUCAAAGAUAGUUGAACUAUGUGACUUUGACCUAAUUCAGAUAGUCAGUGCUUACGUUCUUAAACAGUUGCUCCAGCUGAGAUUACUUACAUCUCAUCAGUUAAAAGACAUAGUGUGGCCAUACUGGCUGGGGCUGAUGGGAAGUGGAAUCCAGCAAGAUCUGGAGGGUCACAGCCCACCUGCCCCAGGUUAAGAGAUGCCUAGCAUGCUUUGUAAAAGUUAGACCUACUGGCUGAACUCUAGGAUUUUAGGGCUUUUUGUUUUGUUUUGUUUAGUUUUGGACAAGAAAGCGUAUUAGAGUGCUAGUCAGUCAGUGUUAUGAGCCGGCAUAGCAUAUGUGUUUGCUUUUGGAAACCAAGAUACCAGUACAAUUCUGAGUAUUUUGGGUAGUUAUUGGUUACCAAAGUUAAUGGUUCCUUUCUCUCUCCACCUUGCCACAGAUUGCCGAUGGACAAAGGGACCUUAUUGAGUCAUACAGUGUAAAAAGGAGACAUUUUAUUGGGAACACAAGCAUGGAUGCCUGCUUGGCUUUUCUUAUGGCAAACCAUGGGAGAGUGAAACCAAAUGAUGUUGUUUUUGAUCCAUUUGUGGGAACAGGUAUUUUUUCCCCUCCUCCAAUUAAUUUGUAUACAGCCUGCACCAUGUGUAAAGUUGCCUGUCAAAUUUGUAUAUGUUAAGUUAUCUCCCUGGGUUCUAUCUUUUCUCUUAACAUGUUAGAAGAAUUUGUUUUUCUUAAGUGUACCUCAUCCAUGACAACACUGGUUCCAUAUUACUGCUUGGCCAUUUGUGAUCUGUCCUUAUCCUGUGACAGUUCAUGUUAGCAAUCUCUGAUGUUGAAAGAACAAUAGAGCCCUUUGUUAUCCUCACUUGCCUGCUCAGGGAGUGGUACUCUUAAUACAUCUACUUCAGUUCUAAGAAGUGGUGCAUUGGAAGUCAAGGAACAGAGAGUGAAUGUUCAACAGAGCUUUCUCUGGAGACUGGGACUGUCGGUAGCGCAUAUAGGAAUAAACACUGCAAUCAUGUUUCCAGGUUUGUAGGUAGGAAAUACUCCUUCACAUUCUGUAGGCUUGAUAGAAAACCUAUUUUCUUCCUUUGAUGACCUUUUUCUGAUAUACCAGCAGGGGGCGAGUUUAUCCCAUUUAUAUUGUUCAUUUAGAAGCAGCUCUGUGAAUAUAUAUAUAUAUUCAAGACAAGAUAAACCACAAGUAGCAAUGGGCAUAAAGGGAAUUUAAAAGCAAUUGCAAUAAUAUGAGAAGAGAAGGCUUUCUGGCAGAAGACAUAAGACGUUCAAGGGAUUAAAGGCGAAUGGUGCUGUAUCAAGUUUGGGGCUGAUGUCAAGUAUGAGAUCUGAUUUAGAUUCAGAAAUAGGCUCUUGCCUUUGUCCUUCUAGCCGGCAAUGUUUCACACCCUUCUUAAAUAAUACGUGUGUAUGCCAGUUGUGUAUGCCAGGCAACAUGUGGCAUUGAGGGGCGUUAUUUGUUUUGGCACACAUCUAUUUGCUUCUCUGCUAUAUUUCUGCAAUAUGAAAUACAUGUAUCAAAUACCUUUUGCUGUUGUAUUCCCAAAUAGUUGCAUUGUCAGCACCAAGUGGUUUUUUCUUUGUUUUGCAGGUGGACUUCUUAUCGCUUCAGCACACUUUGGAGCAUACGUAUGUGGGACAGAUAUAGAUUAUAACACCGUACAUGGACUGGGUAUGUUGCCUUCAGUUCUUAGCAGCGAAAAUGUAAUUAUUUGGUUUAUUACACAAGUUUAGCAACUGCUUGAUCUUGGAAAAGAAUCAGAGAUCUUCCUGUUCAAGCUUGGUCAGAGACGGGCGCAUUCACUUAAACCUACCCUCUAUACCUAUGCGCUCCUGGGCAUAGUGGAUCAUGCGCAACAGGCAAGUUGACUGCAGAAAGGGUUUUUUUUUAAUGGAACUGCAGUGGAUGAUGCAAAUGAGAGUGCAAGUUUUCUUUUGUUUGCUUUUGAUUCACGUUUAUGUCAGGUAACACCCAACACCUACACCCAAACCCAAGACGAAAUUAAGGUAACUGUCAAAAACCCUACUAAAGUUUUUCCUAAAAUGCUUUGAUUUUGAGUAGUACUUUUCACAAGAGAACACACCAUAUUGCAUUCACAAUGUAGAGAUUUCCCUGUGGAUUUUGCAGUCACAAUGUACAGAUCCCUACACAUGAUUGCCCUAGGAACUGCCUGCACAUGUUGGAGUUUCCUUUUUUACGUGAUCCCUGUGCAUCUGCUGCACGAUGAGAUGUAUGACCUCCAAGCAGAUAUAGAACUCAUGCUUAGGUUGUGCAGAAGACACACAAAUUACAGAUAUGUGUUGAGCUCACAUAUCACAGCAGAGAAAGGGAUGGAUGAGUUCCAGUUUUUCAUGUUACCGCAUUCAAAGAAGAAGUCACUUCUACCUUUGCCAAUGUUUCUUUGAUGCGUGUGGCACUGUGGUCCAAACCACUGAGCCUCUUGGGCUUGUUGAUCAGAAGGUUGACCAGUUCAAAUCCUCACAAUGGGGUGAGCUCCCGUAGCUCUGUCCCAGCUCCUGCCUACCUAGCAGUUUGAAAGCAAGUAGAUAAAUAGGUACCGCUGUGGUGGGAAGGUAAACGGCAUUUCCAUGCGCUCAGGUUUCUGUCACAGUGUUCCGUUGCACCAGAAGUGGUUUAGUCAUGCUGCCCACAUGACCCAGAAAGCUGUCUGUGGAAAAACGCCAGCUCCCUCGGCCUGAAAGUGAGAUGAGCGCUGCAACCCCAUAGUCACCUUUGACUGGACUUAACCAUCCAGGGGUCCUUUACCUUUACCUUUUUUGAAGUUACAAAGCCACUUGAUAAAUAAAGCUGCAGCUCUAAGGGUUAAAUGGCAUCCAAACUAUGUCCAUGGCAUUUACUUCAUUUUCUUACACUAUUAGAAUAACUUUUAAGUUUCUUGUACUUAUUAUGGAUGAUGUGGGAUGUGUUCAGUAGCUGUGCUUUUUAUAGAUUUAAAAUUGGAAAUGUUUGCCAGAGAUACCUUAUGUGAGCGGAACUGAAAUAAAUUGCGGCAGGAAUUGAAGGCCACAGGAUAAUCAUUUGAAUCCAAUAUGGCAUGAAAUUGAGUUGGUGUUAUUUACUCCCCACUGCUCCCAGGCAAAGCUAGCAGGAAGAACCAGAAGUGGAGAGGACCUGAUGAAAAUAUCAGAGCGAACCUCCGUCAGUAUGGUUUGGAGAAGCACUACCUUGACGUAUUAGUUUCUGAUGCAUCAAAAGCCAUAUGGAGGAAGGGGGUGAAGUUUGAUGCAGUAAUUACAGACCGUAAGUUAAUGCACAGCCUAAAAUAUGUAUGAUUCAUAAAUUCAGUCUGUAGUGAUAAUGGAAACAUCUGCAAGCUUGUCAUACAGUUUGCUCUUCCAAAGAGAAUGCUAGAGCAAUAACAUCCAGACUGAAUGAAAUUUGCUGACUUGUUUGCAAGGAGGUAGUGAGCCAAUUGCUCCUCAGUUCAUGCAUCUUUUAUUUUAUGAAGAAUGAAGUCUUGCAGGAGCAGUUCCCGGUAACUUGGGACUAGUAGUGCUAAAAUAGCUUUUUUCCCUGAGAGUAAGCAUAUUUUCCCUGAUUGCAUCUCAACCUCAUAAUGGAUAUAAACAUGCUUCUGUGUAGCCUUAAACGCAAAUCUCAUGCUGACAUCUAGACCCCGUAUAUUGAAGCUGGCAGCUUUCAAGUUUGCAUUGUAAAAACAGAUUGUGGUCUGUAGUUUGACCACCUGCAAGUAUCCACUGAAUAAUUUUUUAUGUACCGGUAAAUGUAAAUUUCUUUACAUUGAAUGUGUAUAUUAUUAGGAGUUGUAUCUUUUUUGGGGAAACACUCAAUUUUUCUCUUUUUUGUUUCUGAGAUUAGCACUUUGAAGCCAUUUUGAAUGUGGCAGUGAUCUUAAUAUACAGUUGCUUACUGGAAUGUUUCCAUACUGAAAAUUCUUGGUUUCCAGUUUGGUUAUACAUUAGCUUGCCAGUAAUUUGUUAAAGAAUUUAAAUGUUCUUUCAUGUCUAUUCAUAAACAGGAAGCUUAGGAAAACAAAACAUAACCAUCUCUCACUAUGUAUUGAUUGUUGAAGCUGUUCGUGAAAAAGAUAUGCCAUUUCUUAUUAAACAGGAGAAUUCACUCUUCGAUCUCCUUCUUUUGAAUACACAGCCUUUACAAGGCAAUGCUUGUAGGUAUUGGCAAUAUUUGGGGAGCAGAGAAAUGUUCUUCAGAUGCAAAAUUGGAAAUUAACUCCAUAAUGUUAAUUGCAAGUCAGUGUGAAUUAAACACCCCUAUCUAAUUAGUGACUACAAAAAUAUCCCCCCAAGUGUCUUUGAAAAGUCUUAAGCAGCUUUUAAGACUGUGAAUAAUGUUCAACUAGCACUUUGACACCAUGCAGUUAUAUCUGAACAUGGAAUAUAUAAUAUCUGAAGCUUAUUACUAAGAAAAUAUGUACCAAGUUCCUAAAUUUUACAGUUUCCACAUACAAGUACGAAAGACAUUUAUUUUCUUAAUAAAACAGUGCACUAGCUAUGGAUGGAGAAAAACAUACUAAUAGCUUAGAAAAUGCAUGGAUGGUUUUCCAACAGUAGGAAGUGUGAUCUGUUAAAAAUACACAUUUUAAUCAUUGCAUCAAGUGUAAGUUUAAGAGGCAUUGUCUACAGCUGCCUCUUCUUUUACAUCAAAUAAUUCAUUUGAUGUAAAAGCAAUCUAAUACUGUAAUAAAUUUUAUAAUUUCUUAAUAAGCACAACUUACUAAGAUUUACUAAAAGAAAGAAAAAACAUCAAGUUUAUGAGACCUUGUGCUUUAAGGGUGAAUAAAUUAUGAUAAUAAUUUUAUUUGUAUCUUAGUUUGCCAGAUCAUUUGAGCUGCCCAAAGCUCAAACACAAUGAUAAAAUAUGAAUGGCAAGCAACAGUCUGAAAAACAAAGGAAGAAACCAAGUACCCAGCAGUGAGAUAAAAAACCAGGCUAUAGUCUGCUGGAUUUUUUUUUAAAGAAAUAAAAAGGUUACAGGGUGGUGUUGGUGCCCUGGCUAUCUAGAAGCCAAGCAGAUUUUUCUGCGACAGACUUCCAUGCUACUAUAAAGAAAGCUGCCUCUCUCCCAUCACUAUUAGCUGUGUCUCUGAUGGCUGCAAGAUGUGGAGAUGCGCCUAUUCCUGAGUGGAUGCGGCUAUUCAUGUGUGGAAGGAGGCAUGGAGGGCUUUGAAAAAGUGUCUUGAAUUUGGCUGAAAUGAAUCUGAAACCUCUAUAGUUAGCAUAGUUUCAGGUUCCAGGGAUCAGGCUUUGUCUCGAAUGCUCACUGUUGCCUUCAGCCCCAGCUGGAGUUUCUGAACAGGUUGUACUGAUGGAUACGUGUCGUACAUUCUUGAUCUGCACAGCUCCAUACGGCAUACGAGAAGCCACCAGAAGAACCGGUUCGCAGAAGGAAAUGGCAAAGAUGGCAGAAAGAGGGUAGGUAAACGGUGGGUUGAGAACGCAGGUGUCCAAAUAGAAAAACAGCUGUGGCUUCAGAAGCAUUUUUGCAUAUUGCUAAACAUCCCAGCCUUCUGCCAAACCAGCGACAAAUCCGACAGGGCUGUUUUUAAUUACGUUGCUUGUAUGUACGUAGCAACCACUCUGUCAGUGUGUCUCUCGUGUUUUUAAAACACAGGUGUCAGGGGUUCAGGGAGAGAGGCACAGGGUAGGCAGGAGAUGGAGAACGAUGGGGAGGAAUUCCAAGCCAGCGAGGAAGAGGAUGACAAUGACUCAAGAGAUUCCAUGAGUCUUUCCAGCGAAUCAGAGGAUUCCCAGAAGGGGGGCGCCGGUGGUCAAGGCCAGGGGGAGCCCCAGGGGGGACGUGUCAGGAGCAGGGGGCCAGCGGAGGAUCCCAAAGUGGCAGCUGGGCGUCAGGACCAGCCUCCCCACCAGAGUGCAGCGAAGGGGGUGGAGUUUCCAGUGUGUCAGAGGAAGCAGCUCCGGCAGCAGAGAAAGGAGGGGGCAAGAGCAAGCCGCCCUCCCGGAAGGGAGGGAGCAGUGAAGGGAGUAGUGUAACUGUCAAAAGGAAAGUUAGAGGUUUGGCGUGCGCGCCUAGUUCAAAUGUAGAGGCGCGCGGAAGUACAGGGAGCCCGGAGGAGGGGCCAGGUCCCAAAGCCCGCAGGAGGGGCGAAACCCCAGCGGGCAGAAGGACCCUGCGGAAAAGGAAGGAGAGAAAGAGGUGGAGCAGCGCAAGUCUCUUAAAUUGGUGCAGGGGAGGGACUGACUCAGAGGGGACUUCAGCGGUCUAAGCGUAAGAGACGUAAGGCUGCGCGCCUAGGAUGUCAAGCAAACAAUGAACUGCAAUAAACACCUUUGUAUAUAAGAAGACAUAGGCGUUGGUCUUUUGUGAGCUGAGACUUGAGGCAGCCUUGACAACAGGGAUUAGGAAUCUGACUACUACAUGUUUCCCAUAUGGAAAAUGGGGAGCCUCUUUCUGAUUUUGACAUCGGAGUCUGGCACCUAGUGUGCAUCUUGGUGCAGUUACCCAGUAGCAGGUAGAAAACUGGUGGGGAAAGUUGUUCAGUAAUGUCAGUGGAGGUUUCCUUCUGAACCGUAAUCCCAUGCCUCGCCACUAUGAUGUGAUAACUUUUCGGACUUGGGAUAGCAGGUAGCAACCCUUUUAGUGCCUGAAAUCCCAAAUAUUUUAGUCUGUCUCUAUUGUUGUGAUGGAUAUAUCAUUAUAUUCUUGUACAGUCGUACCUUGGUUUUCAAACGGCUUAGUUCCUGAAUGUUUUGGCUCCCAAACAUCACAAACCCGGAAGUGACUGUUCCGGUUUGUGAACUAUUUUUGGAAGCUGAACGUCAAACGGGGCUUCCACAGCUUCUGAUUGGCUGCUGGAGCUUCCUGCAGCCAAUCAGAAGCUGCUAUUUGGUUUGUGAACGUUUUGGAAGUCGAACGGACUUCCGGAACGGAUUCCGUUCGACUUCCAAGGUACGACUGUAUUUCAUUAUUUUUGUAUGUUGCUUAUGACUCCUUCAGGCUGUGUGAAGCGAUAAAUGUAAUUAAUUAACUAAACUAAUACAAUGUUCAGUAAGUUAUGAGGACAGUGCCUGCUGCCAAAUCAGGGUUUGUUAUGGCCCAGUUCUAUAUUUCACAUUAUAAUCUACAUCCUAUUGUGAUGGUGCUUUGCAUUAAAACUUGGACAGAAAGGCAGUUUUCCUGAAAUUGAAAUGAAGUGGUAUUGUAUUGUCAUUUCUCAACACAGCCUUAUUUUAAUAUGCACUGCCUCUUCCCUUUCUACCAUGCAACCACCCACACAUAUAAUUAUGUUGCCUUUAGCUUACUUUUGACUCUGAUUUGGAACCUGUGGGAAUUUGUCAGGCUUCAACUCUGAUAAUCCCUCUGGGACAUGUUUCCCAUCCCUGCUUUCACUAUAUUUUGUUUUCCCCUCCAGAACUGCUCUCUGUUUUUACCCACAGUAAUAAUUUUAUAUGAAGUUCUGGUGCAAUCCUGGUUUCUUUCUGUGGCCAGCAUAAAUCUAGGUCAUAUUUCAAUGUGUUUUUUUAACCUUCGCAAAAUUGGGAGAGAGACCUGACAAACCUGUGAUGGAUGCUAUACGCCAGGUUCUGUUCUUAUUGUGAAAUCAGCAUGCUGUGUUUAAAUAGUACAAAAUAACAAUGAAGCUGCUACCAAUUAGUUAUUUUUUCAAAAUUUUACCCAGCGCAGAAAAUCACAUCUCAAUUUCUUCCAAUUAUCAUCUGAGUGACAUCCUUUUCGACCUGUUAAAAUUUGCAGCUGAAUACUUGGUACUUGGAGGAAGACUGGUCUACUGGCUUCCUGUGUAUAAACCAGAGUAUGUAUAUAUUCAGAUACACUGAAUGUCUUUAAUAUGUUACAUGGUAACUUCUGCAGACUUUAAGGGUGGGCGUGGUCUAGGGGAACCCUGGGGCAGACUUAUCCUUAAGUGAGCACCUUCUCUCGGUCUCAUCAGCAUCAGAGGCACGGUUGUUGGUGACAUGAGAGAGAGAGCCAAGGGCCUUUUCUGUGGCUGCUCCCAUACUGUGGAAUUCCCUCCCAAGAGAGGUGAGCUUGCCUCGCUCCUUGUUAUCUUUCCACUGGCAGGCUAAGACCUUCCUAUUCUGACAGCCCUUUGAAAACCAGGUGCAGAUGAUAUUGGCCACUGAACUGAUAUCAGGGUAAUUGCUAUCUUAAUGCUGGCUUUAGAUACAUUUUGUUUUUAUUUUGACUAUUGUUUUUAACUAGUUUGUUUUCAUUAUGUUGGAUUUUAUAAGAAUGUUUUAAACAUGUUGUGAGCCUCCUUGAGUCCCAAUGUGGGAGAAAGGUGGGAUUUAAAGACAUCAAACAAACAAACAAACAAACAAACAAACAAACAAAUAGUUAGUGUCUGCAGGGUACCAUAACAUAUCUAAAAAUAAUACAUGGUAAAUGCAUAAGCUAGUUUAGCAUGUAGCAUUUAUCUCCCAUUAGCUCCAGCCAGCAUGACCAGUUAUCAUGGAGUUACGAUCCAACAUCUGGAGGGCCCCAGGUUAGGAAAGGGUGUCCUAGACAGCGGUUGGGAAGCAGUAAGAAUGGGGUCGUUCUCAAUUAACUCUGCUGAUGACAUGGAAUUAUAGAAUCAUAGCAUUGGAAGGGACCCCAAGGGUCAUCUAGUCCAACCCCCUGCAAAUGCAGGAAUCUCAACACAUGGUCCCCCAUCCAAUUUUAAACCAUUCUGGACCCUUCUUAGCUUUGCAGAGGUGCUAGCGGUUUUACGCUGCACCGUAUACUAGCUAUUAUCAGAACAAUUGACAAACAUACUGCAUAUUACUGUACUGCUUGCUCUUGAAUUGAGGAUAUAUUGGUGACUGCUAAGGAAUUUAGGUGUGGCUAGAUUUAAUUGCAGCUGAAAUAAUUUCUGGUGGUCAUUUUUUGGGGGUGGGGGUAGUUUGGGAAGGAAUUUACCAACUGAGCAGUCUGUCUUUUAUCUCAUUUAUAUCCUGCCUUUCCUCCAAAGAGCUCAGGAUGGCAGUAGUAUAUUUGCUGGAUGGAUGUAGAGCUGAAAAGCAGCUAAGCAUUGUAUUAAGGACAGUUCUUAUUGGAAUGCUUGCUGGCAGACAUCUUUUCAUAAUCUCUUUAAAUGGUUUGGGUGCUGAAGCGCAAGAGAAACCCACAUGAAACGUCCUUUUCCUGUUUGCAGCCAAACUUUCACCUGCAUCCUGUCUUUUGUUUUGUUCUCUCUUUGUGCUACACAUGUGGCUGUGGAUUCUGAAAGCAAUUAGCAUACAUUGUUUCUGGGAAAUUUAAUAAGGCCGUGAACCAUGUGGAAGUGUACAGUUUAACUCAGUUUGAAUCAGCCCUCUGGCUGUUCUGUUUCAGAUUCACUUAUUACAGUUCCUAAGCUCUUGUAGCCCUUUGACUGUUUAUUUCUUCCAGAUAUACAGAAGAGAUUAUACCCCGACACCCAUGCCUGAAACUUAUUAGCAACUGUGAACAGACGCUUUCCAGCCACACGUCGAGACACCUGAUAACCAUGGAAAAAGUGAAAGAUUUUGAGGUAAUUGUUUUGAUGGCUUUCUCGCAAAAUAGCAAUUGUCAGAUUCGGAACAGGUUUUUCUACUGUAGAAACGGAGGGAAUUCACCGUACCAGACUCAGUGUGCCAUAAAGCGCUUUUAUAAGUUGGUUUUAGAAGGUUUGUAAAAGAGUCAUAAAUGUCAAAACAGGAAGCCAAAGUACUUGUUGCGCUGAUGUACAUGGGCGGCAGUGAUUGAAGGACGCUUGUCUUACUUGUACAUGUGCGUUAAGUAAACUUGUUAAUACUGAGGCAGGGGAAUUUCUUGUUCUAUUUUUAUUAUUUUGGUUUUGAGGUGCUGUCUGGUUAGAACUGAAGUAACGAGAACGGUUAAUUUUGCUGUUUCUAUUAUACUAUGUUGCAAGAUGUAGUUCUAAGCCCCACUGAAAUCGGUAAAACUUGUGUAUAUUUUUGUAAAUACCUGCUAGGGGUGUAGAAGAGAGUGAAACACCUUAUUCUAUGUACAUUGUUUUUAACAUUGUGUUUUCAUUGUCGUAACCCGCCCUGGUAAGGGUAGGUAAUCAAUCAUCGUCAUUAUCAUAUGCAGAAAACCAUGUGUGUUACUUGGCUCUAAGUUCCCAAAUAGGACCUGCUAUUUAGUCAGUAUGCAUAACUGUUCAUGCUAUGUAUUUUUCUGUGCUCCUCACCUUGAAGACAGCAAGCCCUGUUAAAAAAUAAAUAAAUACAUAUCUGAGCAUUACUUUGCAAUGCAGCAUAAGGAAAUAAAUGUUGUCGUCUUCUAAAAGGAGCGCAGUUUUCAAACGUUUUUUAGUCAAAGAUGAACAACAGCUUCCUGUCCAUUCCUGGCUGGAUUUUAAAGUUCAGUUAGGAGGCUACUCCUGCAUUUUGUCUGGAUUUUAGCCCUACAGUCCUUGGAGCCUCUGUUCUCCCCUCAACAACUUUUAUUAUACUUUGGGGUCGUCUAAAUGCAGCAUUAAGAUAGGGCUUUGUACAUGGUGAAGGGUCUGAUUAUCAGCUUUGAAGUUCCCUUUUAAAAUAAAUAAAUAAUAAGAGACCACUUAAAAAGCGACCAAAAAUUUAUCAGGAUAAAAAAAUAGUUAAGAUCUCAGUAAACACAAAUGGAGAAGAAUAUAAGUUUAUCAGUAGGAAUCCUCGGAGGUAGAUUCUUCCUCUGACAGCAGCCCCCAAAAGAGGAUGCAUCCACUCCCUGGUCCAUGCCAGGUGUAUUUGCAUGCCCCAGACGCCACAUCUCCUCCCUCUGCUGCUAGACACCCAAUGAUUGGUCCACACCCCAAAUACAUUGGGCCCCACUGACAAAAAGAUUCUUUAGAUUUAGAUCAAUAUUUAAUAUAUUUUUAGCAACAAGCCAUUAUUCAAUUUCCCUGGGGGGGGGGGGGAGAUCUUACAGCCAUUUAGUUUCAUAUGGAUCAUUAUAACCCAAAGAAUAAAUUCAUGCAUACUGAAAGAGAAAUAAAAUACAAAUGAACAUAAUGAACAAAUAGACACUUCCUACGGCUGUGUUCAUAAAAUACAGAUGGAAAACCCUAACCAGAAAUUUCACUUGCACAUCCUUCUCUAGAUCUGUUAAAAUUUGAAUGCUUUUUCCAGAGCUAUUGCAAUUGAUUUUGCAGUUCUGAACACGUCUUACCCGUUUAGUCAGUAAAUGCAUUAAUUUCUCACGGCUGGCAUUCCUUCUAAACUUUAACAAUAAUGAUUGGAAUAGAAUUGCCUUGUAGUCUCAUAUCUGAUUCACACCCUGUGAAGAGAUAUGCCAACUUCUACACCACUAUUAAAUUACACAAACCCAUAGUAAUACUUCAAGAAAAGUUUCCUAUAUGUCCAGUGUUGUUGGCCUUAAGCACAUUUAACAGAACAUGAAUUAUAUGAGCGUCAGCUGUUUGUAACUUUUUCUGGAAAUAAGUGGCCUCCCUCUAAAUAAAGUACCACACUGCUCAGAUAUCAAGUAAAAAUGCAUCCUUGCUGUGUUCUGUUUGUGACUGGGAUUUUAUUUGAUAGUUGACUGUCAGUUCCUACCUUCAUCUACAAGGGCAUACCAGCACAUCAAUUUCUAAUGCAGUUUAUUAAGGGAUUUUAUUAAGAGAUUUGUGCACUCUCAGAUGUAUGCAUGUUCCUUUGCAGAUGUGGUGAUGAUAUUUUCUUUAAAAUGGAAAGAUAAAACCAUGCAUUAUCUUUUUUUGCUUUCUUUAUCCAACUUUUAUACAUGGAAAUACCUGGUUUUUAUAUGUGGAAAUGCAUGGUAGGAACAACAAGAACAGAAUCCUAAAAGUCACACUCCAAAACUUUCUCAUUUUAGAUGGUCGUCUGCUACAUCACGAGAAGCUGUAUUUGGAAGGGAAAAUAUUGCAACAAAUGCACAGGGGUCUGUCUGAUAAUGUCCAAAACAUGACAUAUUUAGCAGUAAACUAUUUACCUAUACAAGGGAUGUGGGUGGAGCUGUGGGUUAAACCACAGAGCCUAGGACUUGCUGAUCAGAAGGACGGCGGUUCGAAUGCCCGCGACGGGGUGAGCUCCCGUUGCUCGGUCCCUGCUCCUGCCAACUUAGCAGUUCGAAAGCACAUCAAAGUGCAAGUAGAUAAAUAGGUACCGCUCUGGCGGGAAGGUAAACGGUGUUUCCAUGCGCUGCUCUGGUUCACCAGAAGCGGCUUAGUCAGUAAAGCGAGAUGAGCGCCGCAACCCCCAAGUCGUCCGCGACUGGACCUAACCGUCAGGGGUCCCUUUACCUUACUAUUUGCCUAUACUGUUAGUGGAAUAACUUCUGCCUUUGCUUCGUUUUAUGGAACAUUCCAAGUCCUUGCUGAACAUAGUGCAGAGAUUAAUAUUCCUCGCCUUCCCAUGGUCAGCAAUUGCACUGAACUCAGCAGACAAACUCUUAGCACUCUGAGCAUAAGCUUGAGUAUUGCUGUCUUAACUUACUGUUUAUAUGACAACUAUGAUACCACGGAAACAGUUUCCAUAUAUUUAUGCACACAUACCUAUCCCGAUUAUACACUUCUGAACUGAGCUGGCUCCCUGUGACUUUGUCCUAGUGUAGUGCUUGGUGAACGCUAUGCUAAGGUUGCUGAGGAGGUAUUACACCACUACACCAGCUAGUUUCAUCUUGGGCUGUAAAUAGUUUUGAAAGAGAUUGUUUUAAAAAGCAGACUGGCUCCUUAUUUCACUUGAAAAUUGUAUCUGUGUUGAUUGAUGAAAUUCUGAGAUCUCAGCACAGCUCAGCACAAGAGAGCCUGCUAUUAGGGCAGCAAACACAUAAUAAUCUUCCCUUGAGAAUGUUUGACUGGCAGGUUGAGUUUCCUUUACACUCUGCAUUCUCUCAAGGAUUUACCUGCAUAAUCUUUUUUCUGCUGACUCUAACCUCUCUCAACAUAUGAGUUGUUUCAGAAAUCAGACUCAGAAGCAUGUGGGAUGUAGUGCCUGGAGAGAUGUGAGCGUUUGCAGAUUUUAUUCCCUUAAGUGAAAUUUGGGUUUGUCUGUAGUUUAAGCUCAGGAAUAAUUAAAGAAGGAAACAUUUAAAAAUUUAAAGGAAUAAAACUGAUUUAUUACUACUGUAACUCAGGAAUGAAUGCAAUGUGCAUACACACCUGACUAGCACAUUGUAAAUAUUUAUUUAAAUAAGAACCUUUAUUUUUCACAUCAAUAACCUAUUCUAAGCACUUGUAUUUGAAUAUACAUACUGGGGAAAAUAUGAAAACAGAGAUACAUGGUGGAAAACUGGCUUUUUGUAUUUUUUUUUCCUUCUGUUUUGUUUUAAUAGAUUUGUAUUUCACUAUUUAGUCUCUCUUUUAAAAAAACCCACUUUGCAUUGCUUUGAGCAAAUAAACCUGUGUAACUGCAACAGUACAUCUCUUAGAGGUACAUGUAUGUAUCCGAAAUUCUGGUGAAAUUAAAUAAAUAGAAAUCAUUGCCAAAUUCUUCAUCUUUUUUUAAAGCAGCAGGGUUGUUUUUUUAAAUAACAAAGCUAGGUUCUAAACUGCUCUUUUCAAGGCAUUUUGUUUUAAUUUUUGAGUUUGCUAAAAAGCAAAAAGCAAAGGAUGAAGUGGCAAACACUACUGGGCUUUCCCUAUUAACUCCCCAGUCCGCUGUAGCCCUUGAGUAUAAAAUCCAUGUAUGUUAAGUUUUAGUGCGUAGACAUAAAGCUACAGUGUUGGUUAGACUGUUGUACUAGGACCUCAGAGACCAGGGUUCAAAUCCCCAGUCCACUGAGUGGCAGACCUUGAGCCUGCUACUGCCUCUCAGCCUAACCUACUUCUCAAGGUUGUUGUGGGGAUUAAAUGAGGUUGGGGAAGAACCAUGUACCAUGAGCUCCUUGGAGAAGAGUUGGAAUAUAAAGGCAAUAAGUAAACAAAGCAGUUCUGUUUAUGCAGAUUAUAACUUGUUCUGGGGUGUGUUUCAUCAAACUCCAGCAACGUUUUUCGACCAGACCUAAAAUUAAUGGCUACAUUUGGACACAGCAAUGAAUUGUCGUUAAUCUUUAUAGUUCAUUGAAAUACGCCAGGUUUAUAAGCCAAGGUUUGAAGUUGGCUUGUUUUAGUAAACCAGGGUAGUCUGUGUGGUGUUCUCCAGACGUUGACGAAAGGAUUGUAAAUCUACCUUGCUCAAGAGCUGUCAACUGAUAUAUUCAAGAGUAUGUAUGUUGGAAGGGACGCGGGUGGUGCUGUGGGUUAAACCACAGAGCCUAGGGCUUGCCGAUCAGAAGGUCGGCGAUUCGAAUCCCUGCGAUGGGGUGAGCUCCUGUUGCUCGGUCCCUGCUCCUGCCAACCUAGCAGUUCGAAAGCACAUCAAAGUGCAAGUAGAUAAAUAGGUACCACUCCGACGGGAAGGUAAACGGCGUUUCCGUGUGCUGCUCUGGUUUGCCAGAAACGGCUUAGUCAUGCUGGCCACAUGACCCGGAAGCUGUACACUGGCUCCCUUGGCCAAUAAAGCGAGAUGAGCGCCACAACACCAGAGUCGGUCACGACUGGACCUAAUGGUCAGGGGUCCCUUUACCUAUUUAUGUAUGCUGGAAGCCCUUGCCUACUGAUAAAGUCGAAAGACUGGAACAUAACUUGGCACUUAAGCUUUCUAAAGGUAAAGUUAUGCCACUGACAAGAUGAGUGGUGGAUCACUGCAGUCUUUCCAAACUGCACAUAAACAAAUAACCUUCCUACUUUUUUGGUCAGGGAAAUAAACUGGUGGGCUUAAAAGGACAUGAGGCUUAAUUUGCCAUGAUGAACAGACUUCAGUUGAAGACCCAGAUGUGUUGCAGGAAGAAGUCACAUAGCUAGACCAGUCAAGGAGGAUGGGAGUGAAAUAAGUUUCAAACCUUCAAAAUCUCAGUCUAAAAUAACCUGAUGAUAGCAUAGUGUCUGAGAGGCUGGGCUGGAUUUGAAUCUAGUCUCUGCUGUGAACUCAUUAGGUGGCUUUAGACGAGCAUUAUUACAUCACCUGCAAUAUAUGGUAUAUAAUAAUGACCUACCUGCAUGAUUUUUGCAAGGAUUGCUGAGAUCAUUUAUGUGAAACAUUUGAUGAUGAUGAUGAUGAUGAUGAUGAUUCCCAUAUCUGAUGACAAAAGUAUCCCACUGAUUCACAGAAAAUGCAUGGCAAAGCUGUCAUUGUGCCUUUACAACAACAGAUUUUGUGCCUGAUCCAACUACAGGUGCAUUUGACUACAGCAUGGGGUGGAGACUUGAAAAAAUUGUGACAGUGCUGAUAACAUAAUGGCAUACAUUCCAUCCAAAAUUAUUAUUUGCCAUUACAGCAGUUCCUAGGACCAAGCUACAAGCUUGUUUUUAAUAGUGCCUUUGAUAUCUUGUAAAUAAAUUCUGAAGAAAAUUGUUGAGUCACACGGAUGCAAUAUAUACUGUAUGUCUAAACAAUGUAUUUUAACACCAGGAUGAAGACCGUGAUUCUCACAUAUUGGACAGCCAGUACCUGCCAUACAAAUGUCACAAUAGCUUUCGUGAGAAAUAUUUCAGUGGAGUGACAAAGAGGAUUGCCAAGGAAGAAAAAGACAGCCAAAAAUAAUUAUGUAUAUAUAUAUGAGACUAAAAGCAAAGAACGCACAUCUGGACCUCAACAUUAUAUGGAUACUUCAGAGAACAAAUACUGUUUUGAAUUUUUUAAAAACUCAAAGCAAAAACCACAAGUUAAGAACAGUUCUUUUUCAUUAACUUUGUUUAUACCAGAUUAUUGCACAAGGUUUUUUGACCCUUAUUUAAUUUAUUUUUGUACUUAAAGUUCAAAUGAUAAUUGACUACAUUUUUUAUCACAAUUUUUUUUAACCCAUUACCUCUAGAAAAAACUAAUAGUAUUGUUUGGCUUCUUAAACUGUGAACAUCUGGAAGUCUUAAAUAGACAUAAUACAAUGAUUAAGAUUUUUUUAUUAUUAGGAAGAUUGAUUUCAUUUUCUUUUUUUGUAUUUGAUAUGCAAUAAAGUCAGUAAUAAUUGUUGCGCAUUUUAAAAAUUGUGUUGUAUACAGCAGCAGUUUAUCAUUUCUUACCAACAUUUCUGGGACCAUAAACCUGCUCCCUCCCCGCACCCAGGUCUAGGAUCCAGAGGCUAUUAAACCUUUUCAAUCCAUCAUACAUCUGAAACUCAUCUGUCUACUUUUGCAUUUGGAAUUGGAAGCUGAUAAAUUAGUAAGUAUAAAUGCGGCCAGUGGAUGCUUACUAAUAGUUCCUCAAAUCUGGAAUAAGGAAUCCAUAACAACAUCUUACUUUUGAAAAUCAUGAAACCUGUGUUCUGCUUUUUGUGCCUAUCUCCCCAUGGUAUAUUGGAAAAAUACAUUAUUUCCAGUUUCCUUUACAUCACUGUUAUUUAAAUUUAGUGGCUCAUAACAAUUCUGUAUUGUUCUAUGUAUUGCAGUACCCCAUGCAAGUUUAUUGCUAUAUAGGUCAGUGCACAUUCAUGUGAGUUCGCUGGCUUAAUUCAGCAUCAUGAUGGUCAACACAACAGCAAGAAGAUUUUGCUUUUCAGUGAAAAUUAUCUGAUACUCACAAUUUAUGGUGUCUGGAAAGCAUUAAACAUUGUGUUUACGAC